GGAAACAACUAUCGGCUUGUCCGCUGCAAGACAGAUAGCUUGACCUCGAAGGCGUGGGAGUCGAGAGCGAAAAUUGGAUAGAGGAUAUGGAUAUUUUUGCGAAGCAUUUGAUCUUAUACAGACGACAAAAUGGUCUUCCCAUUGUGCAUGUUUUCAACCUGGAUAGCCUGAAAACUCCUCCUUGGACUGUAAACCUUCCCUCCGGGAUAACAGUUCUUACUCCUGGAGCAAACUGUGACUUCAAUUCGUCUACUCUACGGCUGUCGAUAUCUUCACUGGUGAUUGGGCAUGUAACGAAAUCUGGAGAAAUAGCGGGGCCACGUACAUUGGAGCACAUGGUUGAUGUUUGUCUUCACUCGGAGGGAGACCGUCUUUUGUCUCAACGGCUUCUAAGAUCACUAAAAAAUCGCUUCGCUUCUACGAAAGAGGUCGGCGUGUUUGAGAUGGUCGACAACGGUUUACGAGCGGUAGAAAAUCCCAGUUUGAAGUUUCUUUCUGAUAGAACUGGGGAGGACACUAAUGCAUCAGCCACCGUUGGGGUGGCUUUGGAAGGAUCUCGGCCGCUGCUGGUUGAAAUCCAGGUCUUAUGCUCUCCUGCCACUUCACUGCCAAGUAAAAGAACGUUCACUGGAGUGGAUCCAUCUCGAUUCAAUCUGAUUGUUGCCGUCUUACUCAAACAAGCGCGCUUGAGACUUGCAAGACAGGAUAUUUUUGUUAAUGUCGUUGGAGGCUUUCGUUUGGAAGAGCCCGCCACAGAUAUUGCUGUUGCCGUCGCUAUUGCCAGCAGCUAUAUAGAAAGGCCGGUUCCUCGGGACACAGUCUUCGUUGGUGAGCUAGGACUCGGGGGAGAGCUGCGCUUUGUAGCUCAACUCGAAAGGCGACUGUUUGAGGCAUCCAAGCUGGGUUUCAAGAAAUGCAUCGUCCCACAGGGUGCUAAAGGAGUCAAGGUGGACGGAAUGGAGCUUAUUCUUUGCUCGAGCCUCAAGGACGUUCUAGAGAAAGUCUUCAACUACAAGAGCCUGCCCCAGCAGCGAAAGAGUGGAGCCACGGUUCAUUUGGAUGCGUUUCCGGAAGAAGACGGGGUGUGUGGUGAGGUCCAAGUCGGUCAGGACGCUCUUGACGAUGAUCUUGCUAAUGAUAAGUAAUAAGCUUUUGCAUCG